CGCCCACUUCCACUCACACUGUGAAGUCAAUUGGCUCGCCUGCGCGCUCACGCUCAAUCCGCGUUCCCGAUGACUCGUGGGCAGCGAGCGGCCAGCUGCAGAGCAGAGCGGACCAGCGCUGUACUGCGGUGAGCAGAGCCCGGGACCACCCGAACCGCUCGCUGUUCUACACACAAGGGCUGUUGGUGAUUAUGACACACUGGAGCCUCGGCGGUUCUGGCCAUCAUCUCUGGAGAAGAACAGUUAAGGAAUUGAAAGAAUAAAGACCAGAAAGAAAACGGCAGGAGACGACUUGCAUAUGGAAGACGGAGCUUUGCAAUAAGCAUAGAGAUGGAGCCAGGUUUACAGGCCUUUGACCAGUGGAGCACUGGGAUUCAGGAAAAAUUCCAAUAAUGGGAAGUCAGUUUAGAGAUUCUGAAACACAAUGAGACGAUUUCCACAAAGUUCAGCUCUCUUGAAUUUGGAGUUCCCUUGUGUAGUUUAGACUGCAUGCAUCCUGUCUGUGGAUUUCUCUUUUAGUGUUGGUUUGUGGGUUUCACAUCCAUCACUCACUUUCAAAAUGGACAUGUUUCUCUCUUGCCAAGCUGCUGUCAAAAUAAGGAUGAUAUAAACAACCUGAAUCACUGACAAUAUGUCGAGCGUUAAAAAGAAAACACCUGUCAGCAGAGGAGACGGGCGUACAAAAACUGUAAUAAACGGCUGCAGGCAAAACGUCCCUUCCUGCUAUCUCUCCAUCCUCCUCCUCCUCCUCCUCCUCUUCUCCCCGGGUUCCCCUCAUAUGGAGUUUAUAGAGAGCCACAGUGAAUUCAGCUGUGAGCCCAUCAGACUGAGAAUGUGCCAGGAUUUGCCUUACAACACCACCUUCAUGCCCAAUCUCCUGAAUCACUACGACCAGCAAACGGCUGCUCUGGCUAUGGAGCCUUUCCACCCAAUGGUGAACUUGGUAUGCAGUGCCGACCUGAGGAUGUUUCUGUGCGCCCUGUAUGCACCGGUGUGCACAGAAUACGGCCGAAUGUCCAUGCCGUGUCGAUCCAUCUGCCAGCGGGCCAAAGACGAGUGCCACAAACUCAUGGAGAUAUUCGGAGUAGCUUGGCCAGAUGACAUGGAGUGCAGCAGGUUUCCAGAUUGUGAUGAGCCUUACCCUCGUGCUGAGGACCUGCUGACCGGCCCAGAACCCACUGACCAGUCAUCCAUGACGGUCCAGAGAGAUUACGGCUUCUGGUGUCCCCGAGAGCUCAAGGUUGACCCAGACCUGGGCUACUCCUUCAUGGGAAGGAAGGACUGUUCUGCUCCCUGCCCGUCCAUGUUCUUCAGCCAGCAGGAGCUCACCUUUAUGAGAUACUUCAUUGGAGUCGUCUCUAUUAUUUGUCUCUCUGCAACGCUCUUCACGUUCCUGACGUUUCUCAUCGAUGUUACAAGGUUCCGAUACCCUGAGCGGCCAAUCAUCUUCUACGCUGUGUGUUACGUCAUGGUGUCGCUGGUCUUCUUCUUGGGUUUCCUUCUGGAGGACAGAGUAGCAUGCAAUGCAGUGAGCCCGGCCCAGUUCAAAGCUUCAACCAUCACACAGGGCUCUCACAACAAGCCAUGCACUCUCUUCUUCAUGGUCCUGUAUUUCUUUACCAUGGCCGGCAGCGUGUGGUGGGUCGUACUGACAAUCACUUGGUUCCUGGCCGCUGUGCCUAAAUGGGGCAGCGAGGCCAUUGAGAAGAAAGCCCUCCUCUUCCACGCUGUGGCCUGGGGCCUCCCAGGGGCCCUCACUGUCUCCCUGUUGGCCUUGAAUAAGAUCGAGGGAGAUGGGAUCAGUGGAGUGUGUUUCAUAGGCCUGUAUGACAUCGAUGCCCUGAGGUGGUUUGUUCUGGCACCACUCUGCUUCAAUGUGGCGGUUGGCAUCUCGCUGCUUUUAGUGGGAAUUAUCGCUCUGAACCGGGUCCGGAUGGAGAUUCCACUGGAGAAAGAAAACCAGGCCAAACUUGUCAAGUUCAUGAUCCGAAUGGGCGUGUUCUCGGUGCUCUACCUCGCCCCCUUAUUCACAGUGAUUGGCUGUUACAUUUAUGAACACACCUAUCGGGGUAUCUGGGAAACGACGUGGAUGGAGGAGAACUGUCGGCGGUACCACAUCCCCUGCCCAUAUAUGGUUGAGCAGACCAGCAAGCCGGCCAUGGUUCUGUUCCUGAUUAAAUACCUGAUGAUGUUGGUGGUGGGGAUUCCCUCUGUGUUCUGGGUGGGCAGCAAGAAGACAUGCUUUGAAUGGGCCAGUUUCUUGCACGGACGCAGACGCAAAGAUGGGGUGAAUGAGUCCCGACAGGUUCUACAGGAGCAGCCGGACUUUGCUCAGUCUCUGCUGCGUGAACCCAACACCCCGAUUAUCAGGAAGUCAAGAGGGACGUCUACACAGGGCACCUCUACCCACGCCUCCUCCACCCACUUGGCAGCUCUAGAAGAUCUGGACGAACCAAUCAGGACUCAUCAUGGACACCCUGCAUCGACCAGAAGUAAGCCCAGCAGUGUCCAUAGCAAGGCCAGUUACCAUGGCAGCCUGCGCCGCAAUCGAGACGACAGGAGCGAUUCUCUAGCUUAUCGGGGCACACCGGACCGCAAUCUCCAUGGUAGCAUGCCCCGGCUCGACCACCCACUCUCCACCCACAGCAGCCUGCAUAAGAUAGACAGCCACUCAAGGCACAGCAGCCAGCGGGACACAUCGGAGGUUUCGCCUACCCUCAUUACCCAUGGAACCACAGGGAGUGACGGCCGACCUGCUGAGGACGGCACUAGCGCCUGAGGAGUUCAUCACUUUCUGCAGCAAAAAGCAGAAUCUACCAGAACGUUGCGGUGGUUUGUGAUCUAGUCUGGUCCUUUGAGUUACAGAUUCAGGAUUUAUUCAGGGAAAACUGUGGAGAGCUGCAACUUGCACUGGACAGACCAGGAACUGGCUAAAUGUUGUGGGGAAAAAAGGUUGUUGCACUUAUUACACAGUCAAAACCUAAUUCCAUAGGACCUUCGCAAAUAUUAUGAAACUUGUAAAAUGACUGCAGAGUUUUGUUUUUAUAUCAAACACUUCAUCUGUCACAAAAGUGACUUGUUUAUUUUGACCUGCAGCUGUUGAUGCUAAUCUGUGUGUGAAGUCUUAGACAAAUAUGGGCCUAACAUAAAAACAUGGACCUUUUAAUUGUUUAGUAAAUAUUUUUAUACUGUGAAAAACUGUCUACUGCGUGCAUAGAGAGAAACAUAUCAGGGGUGAUUAAGUUUAAAACUUUUUGAUGUCAGGAAAAUUAAACUGCUUAGUCUGCAGUGCAACAAAAUCUUUCUAAACCUGGGAUGCUGAAGACCAGCCCUUGUCAGACACACCUGAACAAAAUGACUGAAUGUUGAGGUAAUUCAGGUGUGUUGGAGCAGGGAUGCAUCAAGGACUGCACUUGGGAAGCAUGUUAAUCUUUAACUUAGAGUUCAUUCCAUUAACAGGGCUGCAGAUCAACAUUUAAAACCCAGUGGGAUUUGUUUGUGCAAGGCACCAUUUUGAAUUUUGAGGCCUCGGUUGGUAAGAAUCCUCUAACGGGGAGCACAUAAAUUUUACUUGAGUAGAAAUGAAAGGCAUAAACAACACCCUUAAACUAAUAAUACACUGCCAGACAGAUGAAAACCUAAAAAAUAAACCACUGUAAUAUCUGCCAUAAAUUCAGAAAACCUCUAUAUUUUAUUGGAUGUUGAAGAUCCUGGUAAGUUGAUUAACACUGUAAGGGGAAUCAGUCAUCAAGCCCAAUGGAGAAUUUAAACUGUAUAAACAUAUCUGUAAUUUAAAGUAUUCCAGUAUCAUUUAAAACUCAAACUUAUGUUUCUCUAAAGACUGACAGAUUUGUUUGAGACUUAAUUUUUUACAAGUGUUGUAAUAUCCACCCCUGUUCAUGUGUUUGUCUUCAGACCUGCCUUGACAGGUGCAGCUAACAAGAAGAACAUUCAUUAUACUUUAUUGGCGCCAACUUUUAUUAUCUGCCUGUAAAUGUAAAAACCUGUAAAUAUUGUUUUCUUGCAGUUUGAGUCCUAAUCCUUUGUCAUUGAACUAACCUACCUCACCUUUACCCUCAGCCUUUUCUUGUUCUGCAUUCACAUCACUGGGUGCUUUCUCCGAAGUAAAGAAGCGCUCAGCAUACAUCAGUAAAAAUGGUGGUGCCAGCUCGCUUUGUGGUUUUUAUGUCUACCUCUUGAGUUCAAACCCCAACAUACUUCUGACUGACUUUGUGUACUCAAUUCCAAGCAAAUUAAAAACAUUCUAGCCUUUCAAACAGAAAAACACAGUUUUCAUCAAGCUUGUGCAAAUUCUGACCUUGCAGUUAUGCAAUAAUCAGAUCAGUCCCAGUCUGUGCUUCUAUGCCUUCAUUAGCUUGUACAUAGAUUUUCUGUAUGAUGACUGAUCUGCCUUUGUUUUUAUCCUAUAUCCCAUUUUUGGACCUACAGCAAUCGUCUGUACUUUACCAUGGCUGCUUACAUACAUUAACCACAGUGCUUUUCUCUCAAAAUGGUUGGAGAAAAAAAGUAAAACAAGCUCUCAGCUUUUAAACAUUCAUGUUCACACAAGUCUGUCUUCAACAAUCUUUAACAGUAAAGCAUGGGGGGGGGAAGAGUUCAAGUAGCUCCAACUAGGAUUUUUAAAACUUGACUUAAUUUAUUUGCAGUUGUAAUGUAAAAGCUUAUUUUACAUGCAGUCUAAUAAACUUUUUUAAGACUUGA